GCUUCCUCAUCACCCCGUCCAAAGGCAGGGAAGAUUUAUAUCCUGUCCCCAGGUGAGGGUGUUUUUCCUGGGCUGUGGAGACGACCGGGAGAAGAUGAAGUUCUCCCUCCUUGCGGUGCUGGCUUUGGUCCUAUUUGCAGCUCAAGCAAAUGCCCUGUACUGCUACACCUGCAACUGGGAGCAAAGCAACUGGAGCUGCCUGAAGGCCGAGAAGUGCUCGGACAAGGACGAGUACUGUGUCACCAACGUGGCCUCCGUGGGCGUCGGCUUUUUGUCCCUUUGGAAGAGGAUCACCAAGAAGUGCUCCAGCACCUGCCCACACCACAACUUCCUCCUGGGCCUGGCCACCUACACCUCCUACUGCUGCCAGAGCUUCCUGUGCAACCUCAGUGCGUGCCCAGGGCCCCGGCUGGCUCGCCCAUGAGGUGCCAGGGAGUCCCAUUCCGUGUCCUUCUUCACCUGCCCGGUGCUGCUGGGAGAAAAUGGACCCUGAAGGACUGAAGAGCUCGGCCAGAUUUCACCAGGAGGGUGUGGACAUCAAACAUGAGGAAUAGAUAAAGUAUUGUGGUCAUUGUCUUGUCCUGUGGUGCCUCCCAACCUUCUUCUCGUUUUCUUCUCAUCCCUGAGCUCUGCGGCUCCACAGAGCUCCGAGUGCCACAUCCAGGAGUUCCUGGGACACCUCCAGGGAUGGGGACUCCACAUCCUCCCUGGGCAGCCCCUUCCAAUGCCUGACCACCCUUUCUGUGAAAAAAUUCUUCCUGAUGUCCAACUUGAACCUUCCCUGGAGCAACUCGAGGCCUUUUCCUCUCAUCCUGUCCCUUGUUCCUUGGGAGCAGAGCCUGACCCAUCCCCGGCUGUCCCCUCCUGUCAGGGAGUUUUGGGGAGUCAGAAGAUCCCCCUGAGCCUCCUUUUCUCCAGGCUGAGCCCCUUUCCCAGCUCCCUCAGCUGCUCCUGGUGCUCCAGGUCCUCCCCCAGCUCCAUUCCCUUCUCUGGACACGCUCCAGCCCUCAGUGCCUGUCCUGUCAUGCUCUGUCCUGCAGCUUUGGGAGGGGGAUGCUCCUUCUGCAUCUCCAGAGGGGUUUCUCCUGGAAUUUUAUCCUAUUUUGGGUGCAGUUGGAGCCACAGAGUGGAAACUUCUGGGCAAAAAGAACUCCUCUUAUGUGCACCUCUGUCCCCACCUCCACUUCCAGCAUCCUUGGGAAUCCCUUCCUUCACGUUGCUUUGCUGUUGUUGGAGCCACACGGCCUCACCCAGGGCCAGCAGCUCCCUGGAUUCACAAUUCCUGCUGCCUGGAAUUGUGUCUUCCAGCAAUCCAUUAAUCCACCUUUCCCUCAGACAUUUUCCAAAGCAACAGCAGGGUAAUCAUGGAAUAUCCUGAGUUGGAAGGAAUCCACAAAGAUCAUCAAAGCCCAGCUCCUGGUCCUGCAUGGGACAAACCCAACAAUCCCACCCUGUGCCUGAGAGCUUUUUCCAAGCACUUCUGAAACUCUGUCAGGCUUGGUGCUGGCACCACUUCCCUGGGGAGUUCCAGUGCUCAAAGCCCCUCUGGAUGAAGAACCUUUUCCUAAAAUCCAGCCUAACCUUCCCUGACAUAUCUCCAGCUGUUCCCUCUGGUCCCGGUCAGCAGAGAGAAGAAAUUGAUGCCUCCUCUUUCUCUUCCCCUCAGGAAAAGCAUUUGCAGCAUUUGGGUUGAGCUGCUGAGGAAACUUGGAGAGGUUUACAAGGAAAAGAGAUUCCAGAGAGGCCAAAUAUUUGAUAGAGAUGUUUCCAGAGGCUGCAGAGAAAGGAGGGUAAAAAGGGGCUGGAAAAAUAAACGACGACAAGACAACAGAGGUUUUUCUUUGCCAGAUGUGCUCUGGGUGCCUCUCCUUUCUCCUAAACAGCACUUUGUGGAGGAAUUUCGCCCUGGAAAAAUCAUGGGGAUGCUUUAGCUCGAGUCAAAGCUCCCAAAUCUGCAAAACAUUCCUCAGCCAAGGGAUGACACUCCGUGCUGUGCUUCCAACCCAAGCCUGGUAAACAACGGGGACAAAAGGGGCUUUGAGCUGUGCUGAGCAGGGCUGCCUCAGGAUGGAGCCUGGUGCUGCUCAGGUCGGAGGAUUUCUUUCCAAAUCCUCCACAACAGGGAAUUUUCAGGGGUGUGUCUCUCUUUUAUUAAUCAAUUUGUGCUUUCCUUCAUCCCCUCCUACCGUGUGCAGGAACCUUUUCCUCUUAUUUACAGCACGAUCUCUUCCCAACCCUCGUCAGGAAUUUUUGUUUCCCACCCUAAAGCAAUUCAAGCCUCCUCCUUACCCUCAACCCAAAGCUCUUAAUUUACUCAUCAGGCAAUAUUUCCUCACAAAAACAAAACAAAACAACAACAAAAAGGGAUUUGUGUUGUUCUUCUCCUGCGUGCCAGAAUUUUUCCACUCUCUGAAAGCACUGAGGAAUCCCAGUUGGACAGACUCUAAUAAUUAAUAUUUCAUUGGGUUGGAUUUAUUCUUCCUGCAGUCGUGGAGACAGAGGCUCCCCCAGCCUGCAGAGAAACACAGUCGGGAAUUUUUUUGCUGCUUUAAAGGAAAACUGGCUGGGUUUUUUUGCUUGAUUUGCUGAGCCUUUGCUGCAGAAAAACUUCCUUCUAUCCAUGGAUAAUAAAAAGGGAAAAUAAAACAUCCAGGGCAUGGUUGAAGAAUAAAGGGUUAUUUUUUUUAACAACAUAAAAAAUAAAGUAAAAAAGAGGAGGUUUA